AUGGAUACCAUCAAGCAAGCAUACGAUGACGCGAAGAAGGAGCAUGAGGACGUGAAGGCGAACUUGAAAAGGCUAGUGGACUUGCGGAGUGGAGCAGAGCCUAAAUGGCAUGGAGAGCUGGCUGUAUAG